AUGUUAAGGGAUUUGAAAAUCUUCCGACGAAACUCCGGGAAGAACCCUACCAACGGCGGAAACAAUGAGAAUCUCCCAGCGGAUCAGACCGUUUCAUCUGCUUCUCAAGAGGAAGCGGAUCCCUCAAGACCUCCUUUUAGCACAAUUCAAGAACCGUUUCGAAACCGUAACUUGGGAUUGGAUCAAGAAACUCAUUUUAGGAGGAGGAACCAAAAAACCCCUUCUAAGAGCCACACGAAAAAGCCGGAUCAGUUCUUCCAAUUAGGCACGCCGGAAAAAUUGGCAGUGGGUAAGGGCAGGUUUGGAUGGGUCCCCAAGAGCGAACAGCCAGAAUUGACUUCUCCGGAGAGCAGAGAUUAUUCGCUCAAUCAGGGACCAUUCCAGUUGCCACCCCCAGCACCGCUAAUGGCGAGCCAUCCGCUAAACAUUGGGAAUGGUUACUGUGCUGCUACUCCGCGCUCCUUUACAACUGGUGGGAAAGCCUCAUCGGUCCAUUCUGGUACAAGCUCGACGCAAAGCACGCCCACCAAGAGCGUUUCUAAGCCCAUGUUCAAUGGGGUUAGCAACUCUCGCGCUACACAGUGUGGAGGAACUGUAAGGGCGAUGAAUUUUUUGGUAUCUUCUAAAGGGAUACCAUUGUCAUCUGCAACUCCACCAGUUUAUGCUUCACCUGAAGUGCCUCAUUUCGAGCUCAAGGAGGACCCCUCCUUCUGGAUGGAUCACAAUGUACAGGUAGUGAUUCGAGUUCGUCCUAUCAACAACAUGGAGAGAAGUCUGUAUGGUUACAGUAGAUGCAUAAAGCAGGAAAGUUCACAAAAUAUCUCAUGGAUCGGACAAUCAGAAACUCGAUUUAUGUUUGAUUAUGUAGCAUGCGAAACUGUCAAUCAGGAGAUGCUAUUUCGAGUGGCUGGACUUCCAAUGGUUGAAAAUUGCAUGUCUGGAUAUAACAGCUGUGUGUUUGCCUAUGGACAGACAGGAAGUGGGAAGACACAUACAAUGCUUGGAGAGAUCAAUGAUUUGGAACUCAGACCAAGUGCAAACCGUGGAAUGACGCCACGAAUUUUUGAAUUCUUGUUUGCGCGAAUUAAAGCGGAGGAAGAGAGCAGGAGGGAUGAAAAACUUCAAUACAGUUGCAAGUGUUCCUUUUUGGAGAUUUAUAAUGAACAAAUUACUGAUCUCCUCAACCCUUCGUCCACUAACUUGCUUAUUCGAGAAGAUCCACGAAAGGGAGUUCAUGUUGAAAACCUUACUGAAUUUGAAGUUGAAAACGUUGUUGACAUUUUGAAGCUACUUAUUCAGGGUGCUGCAAAUAGGAAAGUAGCCGCAACGAACAUGAACCGUGAAAGCAGUCGCUCUCAUAGUGUAUUCACUUGCACUAUUGAGAGCAGGUGGCAAACAGAUUCAACCAGUACAUUGCGUUUUGCAAGGUUGAACCUUGUAGAUCUUGCAGGAUCUGAAAGGCAAAAAACAUCUGGUGCUGAGGGAGAACGCUUAAAAGAAUCUUCAAACAUUAAUAAAUCCUUAUCAACUCUUGGGCAUGUAAUAAUGGUUUUAGCUGAUUUAGCAAAUGGAAGGCAAAGACAUGUUCCCUACAGAGAUUCGAGGCUGACAUUUCUUCUUCAAGAUUCUCUUGGUGGAAAUUCAAAAACAAUGAUCAUUGCAAAUGUCAGUCCUUCUAUCUGCUCAGCAAAUGAAACGUUGAGCACUCUUAAAUUUGCCCAGCGUGCAAAAGUUAUUCAGAACAAUGCUGUUGUGAAUGAAAAUGCUUCGGGUGAUGUUUUCGCUCUACAACAUCAAAUACUUUUAUUAAAGGAGGAGCUCUCCAUGCUCAAGCAGCAGAAUGUCUCGAGAUCAUUAUCCUUCCGUACGAAAACUCUUGAAAAUGUUGAGCAUGAUGCUUACACUCCACAGAAAUUGCACGAUAAUGAAGAAAUGCAGAGUGUUAGAGUUUCAAAUAAACAGCUUAAAUUAAUUGAGUCAACAUUAGCUGGUUCAUUUCGAAGAGAAAAAAUGGCCGAAGUUGCUCUGAGGCAUCUUGAAGCAGAAAUCGAGCAGCUCAACCGCCUGGUUCGUGAAAGAGAAGAAGAUACUCAGUGUUUGAAAAUGAUGAACAAGUUUCGGGAAGAUAAAAUUUAUAGGAUGGAAGCACUUAUGAAUGGGCUGAUUCCAUCAGAAUCAUAUCUACUUGAGGAGAAUAAUGCUUUAUCUGAAGAAAUAAAGUUACUUAGGACAAAGGUUGAUAUAAAUCCUGAAGUGACCCGUUUUGCCGUAGAAAAUAUAAGGCUCUUAGAACAACUGAGGAAGUUUCAGGACUUUUAUGAGGAAGGAGAAAGAGGUCUUUUAUUGACUGAAAUAUCAGAGUUGCGAAAUCAGCUUGCACAAAUGCUUGAUGGGAAGUUCCAGCAAGAGCAACACUCAAAGUCAGACUUCAAUGUUCAGUUAAAGAGAGUGUCGCUUGAGUUAGAUGACUGCAGGAGCAGCCUAAAGUCAUGCUUGGAAAUUAAUUCAAAACUUACCAGGGAGAUAAACAGUUACAAAAUGGUAUUAAAGAACAUUGAUGAUUCAACCCUUAAUCCAAACAAUUUUGAACCUCAAGAAAUGGAUCUUUGUUUGGCUUUUCCCGCAGAAGCCCCUUGUUCAUGUGACAGAAAGCAUGCUGAACAAGUUGUGUAUCUGGACCUGGAGAUAGACUUACUAAAGACGAUGUUUGCAGAAGAGAAAUCAUCUCGCAUUGAGGCAGAAGAAAGAGCAGUUCUUGCGGAGACUGAGCUAGGCAUAGCUAAUGAAAAGCUCCUGCAGAUUAGCAAGGGAGAUGAUGCAACAAUAGACAAAUUGAAGGAAGCAAGAUCUGUCAUUGAAGCCCUUGAAUCCCAACAAAUCCUUUCAAUAAAUGAACUUGAGGAACUGAGAGAGAAUAACAAUCAACAAACGGAUGCCUUGAAGAAACAGGAGCAGCAGAUCUCCACAAUGAGGAACCAGCUUGCUUUGCGCAUUGAUGUAGGGAAUAGAAAAUCUAUUGCACAUGGAACUUUGAAAAAAUGUUACCCUGAAAGUGAAUGUUCUUCUCCUUUGCAGGAGAAACUGAAAAGAGUGCAAGCUUCUCUUGAAAAAGCAUGGAACCUUAACAAGAGGUACCAAAGUGAUCAAGCUUCUCACACAUCUAAUGAAAGAGAAAUGGAUGAAGUCCGUAGGCAGGUUGAAGCUGAAACUGCGGAAGUUAUUGUGUGCCUGCAAGAGGAGCUUGCCGCACUUAAUCAAUUAGUUGAUGACUGCAACAAAAAUGAGUUGCUGGCCAACCAACGCUUAAUGGAUCUUGAAAAUGAUAGGAAAGAGCAAGAUGAUAAAAUCUACUGUUUAACGCUAGAAAAUACAAGGCUUGCUAAAUUUGCUGAAGAGAAAGAGCAAAAUGCGAGGUCAAUCAUGGGACAUUGCGAGGAACUAGCAUUUGAAAUUUCAGAUCUACUUGAGAACGGGAAUGCACAACUCGAUUAUGCUACUUAUGAGGCUGCUUCUAUUUCUGAUAUUUGCUCUCACAAAAGCUGGAUCUGUGAGCAAUUUGGAAAAAUUUUUAGGGGCAUCUCUAAAAGAGAUUCUUUAAUUGAAGAACUACAGAAGAAUUUGCAGGAUGCAUGCAAUGUAAAGCAUGAUAUGGAGUCAAAAUUGAGGUCCUUGAGAGGAGCAACACUGGCUAUAACUGAAGCACAGCAGCAAGAGAACUGUGACAAAGAAAGUAGAAUUCUCCAUUUAACUUCACUAUUAGCUGAGAAAACGUCUAUAAUAUCUGAAUUAGAAAAAAAAGUUGAGGAAACUGAAAAAAAGGUUAGGAAAGUUGAGAUGUGCGCUGCAAUUUUUUUCAGUACUAUAAACAAAUUAUAUGAGAAAAAUAAGGUUCAUCUUCAAGCAUUGGAUGAGGCCAACUUGAAGCUUAUAGAAUCAGAAAAGUUAAUUCUGCAAAAGGAUGCUAUCAUACAAGAAGGCAAAGGAUAUCAAGAUCUGAGAGCACAGCUAGGGCAAAAUUAUCAGCAGGACAAUUCUGUAGAAGUGCAACAUGAUAUGUAUUUAGAUACCAUUUGGAAGAAUGAGGAGGAAAACAUCAUUACGCCAGGUACUUCUUGUGUUCUUGUAGAAGCGAAGAUGAAGCUUAAAGAAUUUCAUAUGCGAAUGAGUACACUGAAAUCUUGUAUGCAUGAAUAUGCCGAAAAAGAAAACAAUCCAACUGAAGCAGACAGCCUCGGGAAGCACUCUCUUGAUGAUGCAGGCUUCAAUUAUGAGAACCAGAUUAACAUUGAGUCUAUUCAAGAUACUAACAUCAGCGUGCAAAAGAAUGCUGAAAGAAUACAAUAUAUGAUUGAGAAUCAUGGCAGCAAAAAUAUACUUGAAAGGGAGAAAACCAUUGAAAUUUUACGAAAGGAAAUAGAAUCAGCUCUUCAAAGCCUAAAGGACGUGCAGUCUCAAAUGGUUGAAAUGUUUGAUGAGAAAGAAGAGAUUAAGAAGUCCAUGUUACUCAGCCACGAUAGCAUCAAAGGUUUGACAGCUGAAGUUCAUCAGUUGAAUUCAGAGAUUCUUAACAAAGAAAAAGAGUUUGAAUUUGAGUUGCUCCAAUUGGAAGAGAAACUACGAACAGUUGAGGGGAAUGCAAUGGCAUUUAAUUGCAUCUGGAGGAAAGAAAAGGAGCAGGACCUGGAGCUCGAGAUUAGUGAAGUGAAGGCUGUUUCUGCUCACAAAAGAGAUGAGAUAUCCAAUCUUCUCAUUAAGAUUGAGGAGGGUCAGGAAACCAUGCGAGAAGCUGAUGUUGUGGUGAAUACAUUGAUGGAAGCCAAUAGGAUUGCUAACCUUGAGAUUGACAGGCUCAAGAAAACUGAGAUCUCUCUAUGCCAUGAGAAUUGUAAUUUAGCUAGCAAGUUGCAUAAACUCCAAGCCUCCCUUGAUGAAAAGGAUGAAAACCUUGAGCGCAUUCAGAUGAACUUCAAGUCAAAUAUUAUGGAAGCGAUGGAUUUAGUUCUUGCAGUGGAAGAUCAUUUCAUGGGUCUAAAAGAUGCUUUUGUUAAGAAUUUCACCUUGAUUAACCAUGACCUUGAUGGGCUAAAGUCUUGGAUGCUCCAACAUAUAGAGUCAAGGAUGUGCUUAGAAGAGAUUUGGUUGGAUUUCAUAGGAAAAGAUUGUGCUGCUUCUGUUUUACAUCUCUGCCAUGUGGGGGUUUUGUUAGAGAGAAUAACUGGAUUGAAUGGAGAGAUCUGCUUCCUUCAAAAUGGGCUGUUGGAGUCUAAUUCUUUAGUUACUAAUCUAAGAGAACAAAAUAUUAAAUCCAACAAGGAAGUUCAGAUGUGCAGUGUUCUUAAAGGCAAGCUAUUAUUAGAUAUCAACAACAGUUUCACUCGGAUCACCAAGAAAGAAAAUGAAACCUCGGAAUUCAGUGCCAAACUAAACUCUUUUGAAAAGAAAAUUGUGGAUUUACAGUUCAUGGAAGAGACCAUGCUGGAAAAAUCAAAUGAUAUUGGUCAUGAACUUGAUGUUUUAAGGGACGAGUUGAUUGCUGCAAACAAAGAAAUUGCUUUGAGAGCUGCAGUUCAGGAGAAACUUAUCAAAGAAAAUGAAGAGGCAAAUGGACGACUUGAGGAGUUGUCAUUACUGCUAAAGGAGGUUCAGGUUACCAAUAAAACCUUGAGAGAUGAGCUUGACAUGGAAUCUAAUGAGAAAUUUAAGGUCACUGAGAGAUUGGUGAUGGAGCUGUUUAACAUGAAUAUUUCGCUGGAUCAGCAAAAGCAUCUUCUUGAGGAUUUGCAGGAAGAAAUGUAUUGCAUCAAAUAUGAAAAGGAUAACCUUGAAUCUCAUGUGUCUACCUUGAAUGAGAAGUUGAACCUUGUUGAAGAAAAUGAAGCUAUUGCUGCUGAGCAGCUGGAGAAGCUGUUUAUGGAGAAUGAGCAGCUGAAAUUAAGACUAAUGGAGAUGUCAAUUGCGCUCAAUGAACUUCAUGGAAAAUAUGUAGUAAUAUGCAAAGAUUCAGAUCAUGUUAAAACCAUAGCUGUAGAGAGGUUACAGAAGGUGUUGCUUGAUGUAAGUAUCUUGCUUGGGGAAAGAGAUCAUCUUGUUGAGGAAUUGCAGAAGGACAUAUCCAGAAUUGCACAUGAGAAAGACGAGUUUGAAUCAGAGGCUUGCACAUUGAAAGAGAAGAUGAAAAUAGCAAAUCCCAUCGCUGAAACAAACGAGACUCUUGUAACAGAAGCUCCACAAAGGAACCUAUUAAUGGAGAAUGAGCAGCUGAAGUUACAUGUAGAGCAUACGUCCAGGAGUCUUCAUGAGGUGCAGGCUAUCAAUCGAAAUCUCCACGAACAGUUAGAGGAUAAAAUGAUUUCUUCUGAGAUUUUGCAAAAAGAGCUGCUUGAUUUAAAUACUUUGCUUAGCAAAAAAUGUCAUAUUCUUCAGGAGUUUCAGAAUGAGAUAAAUGUAAUCACUCAUUCAAAAGAACAGCUUGAAUCUCAAGUUUCUAUCUUGAAAGAACUGCUGGAGAUGGCAGAAUCCGUUGCUGAAGUGAACGAAGCUGUUGCUAGAGAAGCUCGGCAGAUUGCAGAGGAAAGAAAAACUUAUGCUCAGGCUAAAGAAGAAGAGGUUAAACUGUUAGAGAGGUCAGUUGAAGAGCUUGAAUGCACAGUUAAUGCUUUGCAAGAGCAGGUAAAGAUUGUGAAAGAGGAAGCUGAAAGGCAAAUACUACAACGAAAUGAAUUGGACAUGGAAGAAGAGGCAGUGAGAAGUUCUAAUAAUGUCUGGAAUGUAACUGAGACUGGACAUUUCGAUCUUUCUAGGCAUCUUAAGGAAAAACUAACUGAACUAGAGGAUGCUCAACAUAUUAUUCAACUUCUUCAAAAGAAGGUGGCGGAUAAGGAUUUAGAGAUUGUCCAUUGCAAAUCAAUCAUAUCAAAACUGACAUCCCUAAAGUCGUGGGCGUGGGUAGGCAAAGCUCGCCAGCGCAGAGCGUGGGUACCCAAUGGGUGCUCAACCAGGACCCCAUGUAGGGCUCUGUUAAACUCUAGAAUCGCAUUCUUCUAUAUAGCUCUAGAAUCACAUUCAUUUAAUUCUCUUAGUUGGCUAAUAAAAUAUGAGGAACUAUACCUUAUUGAACCGUACACUUUUCUGGCUGCUCAGAUUGUCCAUUACAAAUCAAUCAUAUCAGAACUGAACUUGCAUGCAGAAGCACAGUCAAGUGAAUACAAGCGGAAGUUUAAGGAACUUGAGGCCAUGGCAUUCCAUGUCAAAAGCGAGCUAGUAAACCCCAACACUGCAAGUCUGACAUCAACGAAGCCUGAAAAAGGUUCAGGAAAAUCUAGGGGCUCCGGUUCUCCUUUUAAAUGUAUAGGGUUGGGACUAGCACAACAAAUCAACAACGAGAAGGAUGAGGAGCUAAUUGUUGCGAGAAGCAAGAUCGAAGAACUUGAAGCUUUAGCUGCAAACCGACAAAAACAGAUUUUUAUGUUGAAUAUACGCUUAGCAGCAGCUGAGAGCAUGACCCAUGAUGUUCUUCGAGAUUUACUGGGCAUCAAGUUGGAUAUGUCGAAAUAUGCAAAGAUGAAUGAGAGAUCUCCGUCAGAUAAUGUAGUCGAGGAAAAGGAUGAGGAGUGGGGAAAGCUGAAAAAGCAAGUUGAUGAAUUUGUUGAAGAGAGACAAAGGUUGCUUGAAGAAAUAAAUCAAAGACACAAAGAAUUAAUGGCCACACAAAUUAGUUUGGAGAAGCUUGAAGAGCAUGACAAAUUGCUUUCUACCGAAAAUAAAUUGUUGAAGGUUGAUAAUGUCAAAUACAAGAACAUUAUCAUGGAACUCGAAGAGGAAUUGGAAAAAUCUCUCUAGCCAGAACAAUCUCCAACAGUAUAGUUCCUUUCAAUUUUACUUAUAAAGGAACUGAAGCACGAUUAAUGGACAGAGUAUAAUCUUGCUGCCCACCGACAAGCUGAGUAAUUUCUCGUUGGCCUCUUACAAUCGAAUUUUUUGGCCAACUAAUUUACACUUUCUUUUGUUCUUUGAUUUGUGGUUAACCUCUUUUCCUGGAGGUUGGACGCAGUGAAAAUGUAAAGCAGUAUUUUUUUUUUUUUCAUGACUUUUCACAAUAAUAAUUCUGAUAUUAAUGUUGACAAAUCUAAUAAGCUGCAAUAUCUUAUUCAAAGAAGAGUUGCACCUCAUUAAUAGAUUGGCUUGUCAAUAUGUAAGGUAGUAGAUCCUGAAUUGUAAUUGGAUGAA